UUUUUCUGUCUGUGAAGUAUUCUCCUUCCUUUUUCCCCCCCAUUCCCACUGCUCUGCCCCCUGAGCACCAUCCAAACGCACUGGUGUGUGACAAGAACAGCUAUGCAGACAGUAAAGCAGCGUUCAACCACAUCCUGACAGCAGCCCUGGGCACCCCGAACGCUCUUUCUACAGCCUCCAGAAGUGGGGUAUACCUUCAGAAAGAAGACUUAAGGGACCUGCUUUUCAGUUUUAGCCAGAAUCAAGGGAUGUCACAGGCAGCCACCAAAUGAGAGAUACUGAAGCGAACCAGAGCUACAAAAGGAUACUGCAAGUGACCAAAGAGUUGGCAAGAAUCAGACAGACUUUAACUACUCGUCUCGACUCGUUUGAUUCAUUCUGAGCCAGGUGGAUUUCUUUGCACGUUCUUGAGGGAAUUGCAGGUGGCUUCCUGACUGGAGAACUUCAUUGAACUCCAUCUAAUUCUACACUAAAGCAAAAGUUUAAAAAGGACAAUUAUGGCCAACUCUGGGUUUCAGCUUCUGGGCUAUUUUCUCGCUCUGGGUGGAUGGAUUGGCAUCAUCUCCACUACGGUGCUGCCUCAAUGGAAGCAGUCCUCGUACGCAGGGGACGCCAUAAUCAUGGCUGUGGGCUUGUACGAAGGCCUGUGGAUGUCCUGUGCAUCUCAGAGCACGGGCCAGGUGCAGUGCAAGAUCUUUGACUCCUUGCUCUCACUGGAUGUCCACAUUCAGACGUGUCGAGCUCUGAUGGUGAUCUCAGUGCUGAUGGGAUUCAUCGCUAUCAUUGUGAGUGUGGUCGGGAUGAAAUGCACGAAGGUGGGCGACAACAACCCAUCCACCAAGAGCAAGAUCGCCAUCUCUGGUGGGAGUCUGUUCCUGCUCUCAGGUCUGUGUACGCUGGUGGCUGUGUCCUGGUACGCAACGCAGGUGUCCUACCAUUUCUUCGAUCCAAAUACGCCAAUUAACGCCAGGUAUGAGUUUGGCCCCGCCCUCUUUGUAGGGUGGGCGGCUGCUAUCUUGAUGAUGUUGGGCGGCUCGUUCCUCUGCUGCUCCUGCGUUAAUGAGGACAGAAGAGGACAGCAGUUCUACCGGCAAUCUCAACCCUCUACAGCCAGGGAGGAUGAGUUGUUGAGUGAGACUAGUUUCCCUGACUGACCAACCCUCCCUGCCUUUAUUCGAGGACUGUCCGAGCUCCACUCUCUGUAUCUGUGUCCCUCACUCCCACAUAGAAUCCAAAUUUGGACACUUGUCUGUAUGACUGGACAAAUGUCCCUUCUACACCCUACAUACUUAAAAUUCAUGUGCCUUUUUUUCAACAUAUGAGCAAUAAACGUGUUCGAAAAAUUGUCACCCCAUAUCUGUUGUGUGCGUUCCCCCCAAAACCCCUCUUUGUUUGUGACCCCAUAAACUGCCUUUGUAAAUAUGUAUUAUUGCAGUAUGUAAGUGACUACAUCCUAAAAGCAUGGACUGUUUCAUUGCAAUACAUUUGAAACGGUGGAUGACCCGAUUUCCGUUUCCUUUGUAACUCAAACUUGUUUUGUUUUUCUUUUAAAUUGCAGAGCAAAUGUUAAAAGUUCUCCACCAGAGAAAGGGGAGCAGUACUUGUAGUUUGGGAGAGGGCGACUUCGUGGGUCACAAGCUGUUAGAUUUUGGCAACAGACAAGACACUCUCUUUCGGUAAAAAAGCGAAGAACUCCAUUAAAAACUGUAAAGAAAUUAUUCUAGUCAAAAUUAGAAAUCCAACUGACAUGUUUCCCUGUAAUACAGACAAUGCAGAGGUUCAUUAAGCUAAGAUAUGCAUUUCCAAACAACAUGACUUUGUACUGUAGCAUAAAAAUAAAUGUCAGAAAUUUGAUCACCGCAUAUAUAUCACAUAGUGUUUGACAAAUGUGUCAAUUUUUGUUACAGUUGGACUUUGUUAUACUUGCCGAAAAACUAUAUCACUCAUCUGGAGAGCAUUGAUUCAGGGUACAUUAUAAUGCAUUUAAAUAAUUAUGCAAAUCUUCGACAUGUGCAGUGUAAUAUACUUUGAGCUAUAACUGUGUUUUGACUCACAAAUGUCUUUUAGUUUGCUAAUAGUUUUUAUUCUAUCUUGGCGUAUGUGAGAUGGAUCUUUUACCCGUGGUAAAAUCAAUUGUUUUUUCUUUUUUGUUCAUAAAAUGUAUAGUACAUAAACUAUGAGGGGGUUGUCGCUUUUGAUCUAGUUUUAAAAGAGACCCACAUGCGACUCAGAUACAAUUAAAUCUCUUCGAAACUCUCUAGUGCACUUAUGAUUUGUCUCGGUGAAUUGUAUUCAGCCUGCAUUGAAAGGCACUAUUUAUCACAAAUAAUGUCUUUAAAGUGGUCGCGUAGUUUGUAGGUUGUCAUUAGAAAUAUUUUAGUUCACGUUCCACCGGUUAUGUUACCUAAUAUUGAAGUAUGUAUCAUCUCAUAUGUUGUAUCAAGCUUUCUGUUUAUCUGUUUUAAAAUAAAAUAAACUAUACAAAGAUA